AUGCCGUGGCCCCUGCUGCUGUCCCUGCUGCUAUUGCUGGCCAUCACCGGGGCCCAGACAACCCGGCCCUGCUUCCCCGGGUGCCAGUGUGAGGUGGAGACCUUUGGCCUCUUUGACAGCUUCAGCCUGACGCGAGUGGAUUGCAGCGGCCUGGGCCCCCACAUCAUGCCUGUGCCCAUCCCCUUGGACACAGCCCACCUGGACCUGUCCUCCAACCGGCUGGAGACAGUGAACGAGUCAGGGCUGGCAGGGCCAGGCUAUACCACACUGGCCGGGCUGGAUCUCAGCCACAACCUGCUCACCAGCAUCUCCCCCAGUACCUUCUCCCGUCUUCGCUACCUGGAGUCACUCGACCUCAGCCACAAUGGCCUGGCAGCCCUGCCGGCCGAAAGCUUCGCCAGCUCACCCCUGACUGACGUGAAUCUUAGCCACAACCGGCUCCGUGAGGUCUCCAUGUCUGCUUUCACAACCCAUAGCCAAGGCAGGGGACUGCAUGUGGACCUCUCCUAUAAUCUCAUUCACCACCUCAUGCCCCGCCCUUCACAGUCCAGCCUGCCCAUGCCUGCCAUCCAGAGCCUGAACCUGGCCUGGAACCAGCUCCACGCUGUGCCCAACCUCCGAGACUUGCCCCUGAACUACCUCAGCCUGGAUGGGAACCCACUGGCUGCCAUCGGCCCACGUGCCUUCGUGGGCCUGGCUGACCUUACACACCUGUCACUGGGCAGCCUGCAGGGUGUUCCUCAGCUGGAGCCUUAUGGAUUCCGUGAGCUGCCGGGCCUGCAGGUCCUGGACCUGUCGGGCAACCCCAAGCUCAAGUGGGCUGGAGCGGAGGUAUUCUCAGGCUUGGAUUCCCUGCAGGAACUGGACCUGUCGGGCACAGGCCUGGUACCCCUGCCUGAGAUGCUGCUCCACCACCUCCCGGCACUGCAGCGCCUCAGUGUGGGCCAAGAUGUGCAGUGUCGGCGCCUGGUGCGGGAGGGCACCUACCCUCGGCAACCUGGCUCCAGCCCCAAAGUGGCCCUGCACUGCAUAGACACCCGGGAAUCUGUAGCCAAGGGCCCCAACACUUUGUGA